AUGGCCAUCACGUGCUGCGUACCCGGAGUUUUCACCGAUGAAGUCUUGUUACUCGAGACUUCCAACAGCCAAGCUCCAUUCAGGGUCCACUGUCAAUGGAGAGUCUCUUCAUCAUCAUCGCGCAGGGGCAAGACGUCCUACUUCUACACUGCCGACUUGUUUCUGCGCCUACUACCAACCCCGGAAAGCGAGGUGCGUGCCGAUGCAGGUCGCAAGAUGUCAGAUGCUACCGGCACCGCGCUUGAGACUCUUGUUCAUAGCACGUUGGAGGGGACUCAGGGGCUGGCCGACCAAACAGAUGUGAUAGCAAAGGUGAUCUUGUCUCCACGCAAUGGUUAUCUAUGUCGGAGCGACAUUCUGGAGUUGAGGAUGCGCCACUCUCCGUUUGUCGACAUGGUCGUUCCCUUCUCUUCCUGGGGCCAGCAGCUGCAAGCAUUCAUAGCACAUGAUACAAGCUCGGUGUUGGACAUCCUGCCAUGCUCGCCGGGUGCCCUGGUGGUAAAUCAGGACCAAGUACACGACGACGAAACCCUGAUGAUGCUCCUGCAGGAGGACUUGGAGAUGCGCCUCUCUUUCGACUGGGCUCUCCCGACCAAAUCCCCCGCGUAUCGCGUGGGCGUCGUCGGCGGCCGCGGUAUGUACAACGAAGAGAAAGGCAUGUACGGCUCUCGGGGGUUCUUCGAGGCCGCCCACGCCCUCGGCAUAUCGAUGCUCGUCAUCGACGAGCCGGGCCACUGGCUCGCGGACGCGAAGUACGCCUGGCUGCGAGAGGACUUCAUCGCAAUGGACAUGUCCAACCUGGCCGAGCUGCCGCGAAACAUGGCGACCGCGCUCGAGCACCGCCACAUCGACGGCAUCGUCACGUUCACCGACGACUUCGUCAUCGCGACGGCCGAGGCGGCCGAGAUCAUGGGCCUGCCGACCGAGCCGUCGCAGGCGAUGAAGCAGGCGCACUACAAGCACGAGAUGCGCGCGCUGGUCAACAAGACGAACAUCCAAGCCGUGCACCUCGACAGCGCGGCACAGCUGGACGACGCCGGCCUCGCCGCGACCCUGCAAUCGCUCCGGUACCCGCUGAUCGUCAAGCCGUCGCGGGGCCUGCUGUCGCGGGGCGUGCAGAAGGUGUCGGACGCGCCGAGCAUGCGGCGGGCGGUACGCUCGCUGGCGCAGGACGGGCUAGCCGAGCACGGCAUCCUGAUCGAGACGUACGUGGACGGGCCGGAGCUGGACGCCAACUUCGUGCUGCGCGACGGCCGCGUGCUGUUCCUCGAGGUGACGGACAACAUGCCGUGCCUCGGCGACGCAAGCACCGCCGCCCUCACCGACAACUUCAUGGAGACGGUGCAGAUCUCCAGCAGCGCCCUGCCCCACCCCGAGAAGGACACCAUCCGCGCCUCCCUCCUCGACAGCCUGCUGCGCCUGGGCUUCCGCUCCGGCGUGUUCCACGUCGAGGCCCGCAUGGCGCACUCGGCGAUGCACUACCGCCCGUACCCGAGCGGCGUCGUCGACCUCGCCCCCCGCGCCGCAUCCCUCGCCUCCCCACCCCCGGACGUCUUCCUCAUCGAGGUCAACGCGCGCGAGCCCGGCACCGCGGGGACCUGGGCGACGCUGUACACGUACGGGGUGGACCUGGGGUCGCUACAGGUGCUUCGCGCGCUGGGGGAGCGGGAAGGGGAGCGGUUCGCGGCGCUGGCGACGCCGUUCGCGUUCCCGGAGGACGCUGUUGUCGGCGGGGGCGGGGGCGCGCAGUACUGGACGGCGCACUGCAUCGUGCCGAUCCACCGCGACGACCUGUAUAUUCCCGGUGACUUCGUCGCGCGCGUGCGCGCGGCGCUGCCUGACGUUGCGCCGCACGUGUCGCGCGCCGAGCUGUACGCCCCCGCCGGCACCCGGGUCUCGCCCACGGCGGGGAGCGGCUGGAUGGCCUACUUCUUGCUGUUCUCGCGCGAGAGCCGCGAGCAUCUGCUGCUCAUGUAUCAGCGCGUUACUGAGGUCUCGAGGAGGGUGCUGGAUGAGGCCAGUGGUUAUUGCGAUGCGAGGGUGACGUUAACGGAGGCUCGCGCGUCUCUUUAG